AUGCACGCGUCGUGGUGCCAACGUGAACUGGCUUCAGCUAAAAGCAAAUGGUUGCAUCGUCACCACGGCAACAGAGGCGGUCACCACGGGUUACUCACAUCAUCUCCAUCCAACAAAACCAAGAUCCAGCAUGGCCGUGCCGAGUUUUCCUGGGAAGGCGUCAAUUUGUCGAUGGAGGACACCACGUCCAUCUUACCGCGUCUCAAGAGGAGGUCCGCAAACUCGUACGGGAUCGGAGCUCUGGCCAAGUCCUCUCUGACAGGUGUGUCAGGUGUGUCCAGGUCCAUGAAGGACAAGGUGACAAAGCCCACGGCGAUGGCGCAGGGGAAGGUAGCUCACAUGAUCGAGUGGCAGAGCUGGAAUACGCCCUCUGCUGGUCCUCUGGGGAAAGCCAACUUCUCCAGGAGCGAGAAGCAGAGGAGGCUGGAGAACGAUGCAUAUAGUGACCUGAGCGACGGGGAGAAGGAGGCCCGGUUUGCAGCUGGGAUCAUGCAGCAGUUUGCGAUCUCUGAAGCCACUCUGUUCGGAUGGAACUCUCUGGACGGAGACAGUGUGGGGGCGGAGUCAAACCAAGGGAGUGUGAACCAUCUGAGCGAGGUGAACCAGGAGAGCAUCACCAGCAGAGACCAGAUGCUGCACCACUCCUCAGCAGACGUGUGGCCUCACUCGUACGUGUCUCAGGGCCUGUACUGCCUGUCGUCCUCUGAGGGCUGGGACCCCAUCACCAGCCAGCCCUCAGGCCUGGCCUCCCCCGCCGCCUCCUCCUACAUCAUGGCAGGUGUGUUCCCCAAAAGGAUCAUGGGAAACUAA